CACGGUCCUCACGCUCGCGGCCAUCGCUGUGGAGAAUUACAUGCGGCUAUGCUGGCCCGUGGAGAGAUAUCGAGUGCUGACGACGAGACGCGUGACCGGGACGGUCCUAGUCGUCUGGCUGGUUGCCUCGACCGCGGUCGGCCUCCAGUCCAGCCUCGAGCUCGGGCCGAACCUUUGCAACAUCAACUGGAAGAAGCCCUUCACCAUGACGACGAACACGAGUGGUAUCGUGAGCGCGUCGAUAAUCGUCGGGGCGCCGAUGAUCUUCACCGUCCUCGUGUACGCGCGGAUUGUGCUGCGCGUGCGCAGUGCGAUGCGCGGCUCCUACAAGCCCCCGGUCGCCUUCAACUGGGACUACGAGCUCACCAAAGCCAACAUGUACAGCUUCUUCCUGUUCGGCAUAUUCUGGCUGCCCCUUGGCGUCGCCUUCUGCAUCAGCGUGGUGAAGCCCGUGAGUCCAAAAAUCGUGGUGUACCUGGCCUGGUUCGCCCUUUCCAAGUCCUGCUUCAACAACCUCCUCUACUGCGUCGCGGACCGGCACUUCCGCAGCGCCUACGUCAAGCUCUUCCACUACUGCUGCUGCAAGACGACGGUGAGCUUCUCAAGGCGUCAGCGCGGCGAUGGCGGCCGCUCCUCCGGCGACGUCCGGCUCAGGGUCCACAUCAUCCAUUCGUACGCGAGUCCAGCCUCCUGCAGACCCGCGGUCACCCGGCCGAACGGCCGCGACAUCUACGAGCUCUAGGUUACGCGAUGAGGGCCGAGUCGUAGCGCGGGCCCGUGGCGCCCAGGGCCCCGCGAGCUUAGGCUUGGCACCGCUCGCUCGCUCUCGGACGAGCGGCGCUAAGGCAGCGAUGAUCUAUGUUUAUUAUAGGUACGUAUGA